GGUCGCCAUGGCGGAGCUGCAGCAGCUCCGGGUGCAGGAGGCGGUGGACUCUAUGGUGAAGAGUCUGGAGAGAGAGAACAUCCGGAAGAUGCAGGUAGCGGGUCGGGGGCCGACCCGGGGGGAGCCAAGGCGGUCCGGGAUUCCUGGCCCCUUCCCGCAGCCGCCGCACGAUCCCCAGCGCCACUGCCUCCCUCCCCGCAGACCCGGGUCGGGGUGUCCCUGGGGUCGUCGCGGCGUCCUCGGAAGCUCGGCUCACCCUCAGACAGAACUUCUGGAGCUUCGGCUGAGCGGAUGAAAUCUGUGCUCCCUCGCCAUGCGCAAGGCCGUUUGGCCCCCAGGCCAGGCCGGGGGAGGGGGUGUCCCCUGGCCAGGGUUAAGAAGACCCUGGUGUAAGAUGUUCGGCCUCCCCGACCUUCCCCACUUGCGCGGCCCCUUCUGCAGCCUUCGAUUCAACAAGUGCCAAUGAGCUAGCGGCAAGGAGGCUGUGAAACACUACGCUAGGCACCGAGGAUAAUGUUCCCGUUCGUGGUUUUAAGGUCCUGAUGUCUAUUCUAAGGAGAGGUGCGGGGCCUCAUGUUCCGGUGCAGCGCCGGCUGUUGUGAGGACAGCCAGGCGUCCAUGCAGCAAGUGCACCAGUGCAUUGAGCGCUGCCAUGCACCUCUGGCUCAAGCCCAGGCCCUGGUGACCAGCGAGUUGGAGAAGUUCCAGGACCGCCUGGCCCGGUGCACUAUGCAUUGCAACGACAAAGCCAAAGAUUCAAUCGAUGCGGGGAGUAAAGAGCUUCAGGUGAAGCGCCAGCUGGAGAGUUGCGUGACCACGUGUGUGGAUGACCACAUGAACCUCAUCCCAACCAUGACCAAGAAGAUGAAGGAGUCUCUCUCAUCCAUUGGGAAAUAGAUGUCUGCUAUUGGCCAUCGGGGCUGAAGGCAGGAAUCUAUUUAAAAAGAGAAAUGGGGAUUUGGGUUUUCUAAAGAAAGUUUAUGAAUGAGGAAAUUAAGGACGGCAGCAAGUUUAAGGUCUAUAUCACUUGCCUCUGGACACUGGUUCCUUUGUGUUUGAAACCUAGAAAGUGAAAAAACCUGGUGCUAAAAUUGGGGUCAGAGAUAGCACAGGAGAGUUUUUGUGAGCCUGAAUUUCACGUGGCAAGUGCUUAUCCUGGCAACAGGGAGUCUCCCUUGUACCAAACCAGAGACCUCCAAGGUACCAGAUUCUCUUAGUACACAGAUACCAACAGGCUGGCAGGUUCAUCUGACCUGCUUAUGAUCUGGUGGAGUGUGAGGAGAGAUGUUUCUAUUUGUUGCCAACCUCCUGUUUACCAGAAGGAUCACUACAACAUUUUCCACAAACUGGAAAUAAAACAAAAUCCAUGAGGUCACUAAUUUAGAAGGGGAAAGGGGGCUUCUGGGAAUUUGUUUUGCGUGGUUUUGUUUUAUAUACAAGGGCAUGAAGCUACUUUAAGAUGUAGAGUUGGGAGAGGUAGUUUCGAUAAAAACUUUGAAAGGGUCCUUGUGGAUAUUCAUUUCUGGCCAUCAGGAUGUGGAUGCGCAUUUCUUAAAAUUCUCACACAUGACAUUUUUCAGCCUGGAGACCCUGCAAAAAUAUAAGAAGCGCUAUCACACUGGUAGGGGAAGCAAACCUUCCCUCUGACUGGCAGCCAUGAUGAGUCCUGAGGCUGUCAGCAGCAGAGUCAGCUGAGUGACAAGACAAUCUUGCAGUGACACUCACCCUUGAAGGGAAAGGGGAUUUUGAUUGUGCUAUAUGCUAGUAUUCAAGAAUGAACAGUGAAAGGGGAAUUGUUAGCUGCUUAAUUAAGAGAGUUAUGAAGUACUGGCUUUGGAAAAAUCUGGUUUGCAUAAAACAAAAUAGAAUGAAAGCCGAAACCCAGUAUUGCUUACUUUGCCCCCUGUAAUAACAGAGCUCUGUUGAAACAAUCCCUUGGCAACACGAAGGUCAAAGGAGAAAAAGUAAGCAACUCAGGGGCAAGCUGUAACUCCUUUAGAGCAAAAAACGGGACAGCCCUCCGUUACCAAAUGCUACUUUUGCGACAUGCGUUGUUCUUGCCCCAGUUCUGGCACCUUAUCGUUUUAUUAAGGACCUUGUUGUGUUUUUACCAACUUAUUACUUGAAAUGAUAAUGUAGCCUGUCUGUUUGCUGUUUCAAGACUGUGAUAUAUUUUCCUAGUGGUUUGGUUUUAAAAAUACAUAAGACUUUAUUUUUCUUCCACUAUUGUGUUUCUUUCCUUAUAUCUGGGCAGUGAAUAU